CUUUAAAAAUCUGGUCCAAAGUCGCUUUGAAAAAUGGUACUUAGCCUUUAAGUCAUGAAGGCACUGUUGAAAAUUGUACCCCAAAUCCCCAGGAGUGUAGUUCCACCUGCUCUGAUGUAAUUCUAGAGUAGCUCCAUAACUGUACCGGAGUGACUCUGGAGCUACUGUACGGCUGUGAGUGAGGGCCCAGUUUCACCCUCUCAUUCUGUUAAUGGCUUUCAGCAAGCACCAUUCCAUCAUAAAAAUAACACAACUUAGGCCUGGUCUACGCUAUGACUUUAGGUCGAAUUUAGCAGCGUUACCUCGAUUUAAGCCUGGACCCGUCCACCAGACGAAGCUCUUUUUUUCGACUUAAAGGGUUCUUUAAAUCGAUUUCUUUACUCCACCUCCAAUGAGGGGAUUAGUGCUGAAAUCGGCUUUGCCGGGUCGAAUUUGGGGAAGUGUGGAUGCAAUUCGAUAGUAUUGGCCUCCGGGAGCUAUCCCAGAGUGCUCCAUUGUGACCGCUCUGGACAGCACUCUCUACUCAGAUGCACUGGCCAGGUAGACAGGAAAAGGCCUGCAAACUUUUGAAUCUCAUUUCCUGUUUGGCCAGCAUGGCAAGGUGCAGGUGAGUGCAGAUCUCAUCAGCAGAGUUGACCAUGGUGGAGUCCCAGGAUCGCAAAAGAGCUCCAGCAUGGGCCGAAUGGGAGGUAUGGGAUCUGCUCGCUGUAUGGGGAGACGAAUCUGUGCUAGCUGAACUCUGUUCCAGUAAACGAAAUGCCAAAACUUUGGAAAAAGUCUCAAAGAGCAUGAAGGACAGAGGCCAUAACAGGGACACAAAGCAGUGAGUGUGAAAAUUAAGGAGCUAAGGCAAACCUACCAAAAAAACAGAGAGGUAAAUGGCUGCUCUGGAUCAGAACCCCAGACAUGCCGCUUCUAUGCUGAGCUGCAUGCCAUGCUAGGGGUGGAGCCACCACUAUCCCAACCCUGUGCUUUGACACCAUCAAUGGAGAAUCACGCAACACGGAGGUGGGUUUUGGGGAUGAUGAAGAUGAUGACGAAGAGAUUGAAGAUUGCUCACAGCAAGGAAGCGGAGAAACCAGUUUUCCCAACAGCCAAGAUAUGUUUCUCACCCUGGACCUGGAGCCAGUACCCCCGAACCCACCCAAGGCAUGCUCAUGGACCCUGUAGGCAGAGAAGGGCCCUCUGCUGCAAAUGUUUCUCCUUCGCAGAGGCUAGCAAAGAUUAGAAGGCGAAAAAAAUGCAUUCGAGAUGAGAUGUUCUCAGAGCUACUGCUGUCCUCCCAGACUGACAGAGCACACCAGAAUGCAUAGAGGCAGAUGAUGUCAGAGUGCAGGAAAGCACAACAGGAAUGCGAGGAGAGCUGGUGGGCUAAAGAGGUGGUCCUGGGCAGAGCCAAGAUCCAACAGCCGUGGUCCUCAGAAGUUUUGGAUGGAGACGAAUUGAACCUGACCUGCUCCCACCAUGCCGCCAAGGGGAGUGACAGCACAAUCUGGUACCAGCAGCUCCCAAACCCAAUACCCCAGUUUGCACUUACCGGAUACAAGGAAACCAUUAAUAGCCCCGAACCGAAGGGAGCUCUGUACAUCUCCGCUGACAAAGUGUCCAGCACACUGGCCCUGCACCGCAGCAGACAAAUCAAACACAAAGAAAUAUUUCUUCACACAACGCACAGUCAACCUUUGCCAGAAGAUGUUGUGAAGGACAAGACUAUAACAGGGGUCAAUAAAGAACUAGGCGCUUCGGGCAGAGCCGAGAUCCUGCAGCCGCGCUCCGCAGAGCACUCAGAGGGAGCCGAACUGAACCUCACCUGCUCUCACGGUUCCAUCACCAGCGAAACUAUAUUUUGGUACCGGCAGUUCCCGAACCGAGGGCCCCAGUACAUAGUUUCGGGAUACCGGGAGAUUGUUAACAGCAUCAACCCAGAAGGAGCUCUGCAUAUUUCUGAAGACAGAAAAUCCAGCACAUUGUCCCUGCGCAGGGCGAGGCUGGCAGAUGCAGCGGUGUAUUAUUGUGCUCUGAGCGACACAGUGUGACAGCCAGGGGCG